AUGGCCUCGAAGUCUCUAGUCUGCUCUCUUUACCGCAAAAGCCUUAAAACCGCCCUAAGCUGGGCUGAUGGAAGAGCCAUGUGGAGGAUCACGGCGCUGAAUCUCCGCGAUGCGUUCGAGGCGAACAGACAUGUUACGGACCCAAGGCAGCUGCGGGUACUCCUUCAACGCACUGAGGAAGAGCUGGAGAAGUGGAAGCACCCCGACCCAUACAUUCCACCGACUGCCCCCGGAGGUUCAAAAUACGAGAGGAACAUUCCGGCACCUAUCCUCGAACCUCCUUCGCGUGCUGAGACUUACUAG